AGACAGUGUCUAUGCUGCUUUAAGGAGUAUAAACAUUUGGAGAUCUUUAACCAAGUGGUGUGUUCCCUUAUAAAUUUGGUGAUUGGCCAAGUCCAAGCCCUGAGGGACCAGCUUUUAAAAAUUUGCACUACUAGCCCUGAUUCAAACUGGCAGGAUGAGGCCAACCCAUCCGAUGAGCUGCUGAAUGUGGAGAAAGAGACUCAGGAGGAGGAGGAGGAGGAAGGGGAGGAGAGGAGCUCAGAACCAUGUAAAGUCCCCGACAAACAACUAGAAAGUGGAAGAACUUGCAAUGUAACAGAAGACUCUCUAAAAAGCACUGACCUGUAUAGUUUAUGGAGUACUGAAGAAAAAGAAAAACUGUUGUUGUGUGUUGCAAAAAUCUUUCAGAUACAAUUUCCUCUUUACACAGCCUACAAGCAUAACACGCAUCCCACUAUAGAGGAUAUUUCAGCUCAAGAAAGCAAUCUUUUAGGAGCCUUUUGUGACAUGAAUGACGUGGAAGUCCCCUUGCACCUUCUCCGUUACGUGUGUCUGUUCUGUGGGAAAAAUGGCCUUUCUCUCAUGAAGGAUUGCUUUGAGUAUGGGACCCCCGAGACUCUUCCCUUUCUAAUAGCUCAUGCAUUCAUCACCGUUGUGUCC